GUGCAGGUAAAGUUGAGUUGAGUUGAGUCUUUGGACUGGACGUGCGGACGCAGACACAGACGCGGACGUGUUUUGUGAUAAGCGUUGCGCGCGCGAUCUGCCGAUAAUAAAAAACCUCAAUAAAACACAUUAACAAAACAGAAAUUAGCAACAAAGCGAGAAAUGGAAAAGCAUGCGGCAGCACAAACAAAUAUACAUAUACGGUAUCAAAACGCUCGAAAUUUCUUGCUCAGCAUGGAGCGCAGAGCUAAAGCUGCGCUGAGACUGUGCCAAUGCACGGGCUACAUGAAUGAAGAAGCAGGCGAAGAUGUAGAAGAAGAUGAAGCGGGAGAAGAACAAGAUGACAAGAAGUCGGUGGUUGUUGGGAACAAAAAACACGCGGGGUCGAAACAAAGCAGAGUGGCAGCAGGAUAGCAGCGAUUAACAGAGAUAACAAGAAUAAGCGAGCGAGAGAGAGAGAGAAAGAAUGGGAGAGUAGAGUGAGUGCGAGCGGGAAGGCAGCACAUUGCAGAAAUCUAAAAUGAAUAAAAAACCGGUUUUAUGAACUAAACGGUUCUUUUGCCUCUUACAAUUCAUUGCGCGCGCAAAAACAAAAAAAAAACAACAACAAACAC